GUUGGGAAGCGUUGUGUUUCGUCGGAUACAAAAUUUUAGUGGCAGAAGGCAAAAUGCGGAUAUACUGGAGUUGUACAGAGCCCAGUAUGUUGGAAAAUAGCAAAUAAUUUUCACUGAAACAAAUCCCACAGUUUCUCGAAAAAAUAAACUACCAUCACAAUCAGUGUUUAUGGUGAAAAUCCUCUGAGUCUAAUUACUGCAGCUAGUCAAGUGAAAAUUGUGAAUUUCUUCUCUGAUGUUUUUACACCGAAAACAACAAAGUGAAGAAGAGCAUCGAAAAAUUAUUGAAAAGUUGUGUUUUGGUUAAAAGGCACACGAAAUAGUGUUAAAAUCUAAUGUUGGAUUAAGUGAAGGUGUCCGGAAAUUGUAUCUUUUUUUUUUUGUGAAAACGUGCAUUUGAACAAAUUCCCUGGAUUGCUAUUGUGCCUCUCUUUUUUUUUACCACUUGCAAAAUUAACCAUUUGGUAAUAAUUAAGGAGAAUUAUAAAUAUGGCGAAUUACUAAAUAUUUUGCUGAAAUCACACAAAAAUUUUUCCCUCCAUUUUUUUUUACUGUGCUGUGCGGAUUUUUCUGUGACUUUAACUUUAUUCCAAUUGCAUCAAUUUUCCAUGUUCCGAUUCUCAAAAUAAUUCAUCACAAUAGUGUUGUCACCGGAAUAAAAUAAAAAAAAAGUAAUUUUUGCUAAAAGACAUUCUCAUCUUGAGAAAUAUUGUGUGUCAUACUAAAAAAAAAGAAAGAUAUGCAUUUAAAAGUGGAUGUUUUUGAAAUUGCAAUGAGACUAAUAAUUGCAUGACUUUGCUAAUAAUCUUUUUCCUCUGGCUGCAUUUCCAAUUAUAAUUUUUCUCAUCAGUGGUUCACGCAGAAAAAAUUCUGCGUGUCCAAGAAGGAUUAAUUGAUACAUUUUCACAUAAACAAAAAAGGCUUUACAAAAGGAGUCUAUAAAGCUAGUAAAUCAUGGACAACUAUAGCUUUAUUAAAUAUUACAAUCAGAAGAAUAAAACUUCUGGACGACGCCAAUUGGGGUCAAAUGCCUUAGCUAGCCACUUGUAUCGUUCAGCGAGUUUCAACUCGUCAGGAAGGAGUUCCAACUGUGAUACCACGGAAGACAUGUACAGUGAUGUUAGUUUGGAUGAUGUUCAAGAUUUAAAUCACAAGCUCGAAUUACUGCAGAGGCAGGUGACAAACUUGGCGGAUUCACAGAACAACGUGGAGGACAUCACGACGCGCACCAAGACGGAAUAUGCGGUCCUCCAGGCGCGCUAUCACAUGCUCGAAGAGCAGUUGCGGGAAUGUGAGAUGCGCGCUGAGGAGAGGAUCGCAGAGGAACAACGGAGGAACAGGGAAUUGCUGGCACGGAUGGAGAGGGAGGCUCAACUGCAAUCGGAGAAUUGUCAGAUGAAGGUACGCACGGUGGAGAAGGAAGCAGCCACGCAUCGUGAAGAGGUUCAGCGCCUGAGGUUGCAGUGCGACAAACAGGCAGCUGAUCUGCAUGCCACAGAGGAGAAGUUGGAGAUUACCAACGACAAUUAUACUGCACUGCAGCAGGAUCUGCUGGAAGUACAGGCGCGUGAGAAGAAACUACUGGCGGAAAAAGUGGCCACGGAGGAGCUGAUGCUCGAGAUGAGUCGAGAAGUGGACCGAUUGAGAAGCGAACGUGGUCCAGCCAUGCCCACCACCUCACCAGAGUCUAUAAGACUGGAGGAGCUACACCAGGAACUCGAUGAGUUACGCCAAAUCAACAAAAAUCUUGAGGAAGCUAAUGAGGAACUUCAGGCUCUCGUUCUGACUCGAGGCGUCGAAGAGGGCAGAAACCUUCUCAAUGGCACAUCGAAUAGUCUUGCGCAGGAGCUUCAUGAUAUGAGCCAGAGUCAGGACGCAACAGAUGCGGCUAUGCUGACGUCACUCACGCAGCUUCAGUCAGCUUAUCAGGAUAAAGAGGAAGAGAAUGUCCGACUAAAGCACUACAUCGAUACGAUUCUGUUGAAUAUCGUGGAAAAUUAUCCUCAAUUGUUGGAGGUGAAGACCAAUUCAGUGUCAAACACAAAAAAGGAUUGAAGUGAGUCAAUGAAAAAAAAAAUCCCAUCUUCUGUUAUAAAUAUUCGUCGAUAAAUCAAUAAUUUUAAUAAUUGCCUCCGAAAAGACAAUGUCCAAUAAUAUUUUAACAAAAUGUAUUUUAUAGUAAACAAGUGACUCGUUGAGAGAAAAUAUUUUUAUUAAUUUUGAAAACAUGCUUUUUGAAUGUUGCAAGAUAAAAAGAAAUUGUAGAUAGAAGAGAUAAAAUUUAUUUAGUCCAAAAUAAAGAAAUCCCAAGCCACAAGAUUGUUCGUGGAAAUAUUAAAAAAAUAAAUAAAAGUAAAAAUGAGCAAUAGAGUUAUUGUUUAAAAUUGUGAUUAAUGUGGCUAAAUUAGGAAUUUACUGAUCAAGUUAUAUUUACUAAAACCCUAGACUUUUGUAAAUUAUUCUUCUAAACCAGAAAAAUAUAAAAAAUACUUUUGCAAGAAA